ACACGCAGGGUUUUUUCAGACUUUUGUAAACAACAUGGCGAAUUACGGAUUGGCCGACCGAUGAAACGCUGUGUUCAGCAGUAGCCAACACUCGGAUUUUGUUGUCUUUUUGACUAACCGCACAACGUUUUAUGUCGUACACAAUCGAAGCAACACGACGGGGCUACAAGCCACAGAGAGGUGCCAAGAAGACCGUUUGACAACCAAACGGCCCUCUUCAGUCUAUGGGCUCUCAGUCUAGUUCUGGGAUGUCUGGUGGAAGGGGCUCUUCCAGUGGCAACCCAGUUGAUCAGUUAGAAUCAGCAGAACCGAACCAAAGCAGCAACAGCAACCAGGGCCUCAGGACGGCUGACAGGCAGCAGGGAGACAGGCAAUCAACACCAGAGGAGGAUCUUGACUUAGCUGAAGUGCUGGCUUACUUACUGAGGAGGGGCCAGGUCAGACUGGUCCAUGGCAGCGGAGCCACCGGGCUGCAGCUGGUCCAGUCUUACGCAGACUCAGACGAGGACAGCGAUGAAGCCUGGGAGGGUCGGCUGGGUGACCGCUACAAUCCACCAGUGGACAACCAGCCUGACACGAAUGAAGUAGACCGCAGUGAGAUCCGAACCCAGAUCCUGCUGGCCACGGCUUCUAGUCUCCUGAGAGGCAAAAUGAGUUUCACUCACAUGCUAAGAGAGAGGGAGCAAGGAAGAUGUAAAGGCUCAAGUUUUUCCCAUGGAGAGUGCAGUCGCAUCCGCACGCAUUUCCUGCCAAACUACGUCUCUCACAAGGAUACGUAUCAGCAGAAAGCCUUCUGUGGCGUCUACAGCGAGGAUGGCAACAUGUUUCUAUCCGCCUGCCAGGAUCAGAACAUCCGCUUGUACGAUACGAGCAGAGGACGUUUUCUACUAAGGCAAACGGUGAAGGCCCGAGACGUCGGCUGGAGCGUGCUGGACGUUUGCUUUACUCCAGAUGCGCAGCACGUGCUGUACUCCAGCUGGUCGGACUACAUUCAUAUGUGCAGUAUCGACGGGGACAGUGAAAACCACACUGCAUUGGACCUCAAUCCGGAUGAGAGGAGGUUUUGCGUGUUCUCCCUGGCUGCAUCAACAGAUGGCAAAGAGAUCCUGGGAGGAGCAAAUGACGGCUGCCUUUACGUUUUUGAUCUCGACCAGAAUAAAAGAACACUGAAGAUUGAUGCCCACGAGGAUGAUGUGAACGCGGUGGCGUUCGCCGACAGCUCGUCCCAGCUGCUCUUUUCCGGCAGCGAUGACGCGCUGUGCAAAGUGUGGGACAGGAGAACGCUGCGGGAGGAUCGACCGCAGCCUGUCGGACAGCUUGCGGGCCACCGCGACGGCAUCACCUUCAUCCACAGCAAGGGUGAUGCACGUUAUCUAAUCAGCAACUCGAAAGACCAGUCCAUCAAGCUCUGGGACAUCAGGAAGUUCUCGCCCAAAGAAGGGCUGGCAGCUUCACGCCUGGCUGUCAUUCAGCAGAAUUGGGAUUACCGCUGGCAGCAGGUUCCCCAAAGAGCUCUAAAGCGACACAAACUGACCGGCGACACCUCCGUGAUGACAUACCGCGGCCACGGCGUCCUGCACACCCUUAUCCGCUGCCGCUUCUCACCCGAGUUCAGCACGGGCCAGAAGUUCAUCUACUCAGGGUGCUCCACUGGCAAGAUCAUCGUUUAUGACGUGCUGACGGGCAACGUGGUCACCAGACUGUCGGGCCAUGAUGCUUGUGUGAGGGACAUCACUUGGCACCCAUAUGAAGACAACAUCAUCAGUAGCUCUUGGGACGGAGCCGUGCGAAUGUGGGAGCACAGACAAACUCACCCCCUGGAGGAGGAGCGGGAGAGAGACUGACGGCUCGGAGGCUGCGAGAGACUAAAAGACGCGUCGGCGACAUCACCUUGAGAAGGCGUUAGAGGGCGGCCCCCAAUCAAGAGGGAAGUCUACUCGCUAAGGCCUGUAGAAGGGACUUAAAUAUAUUUCAAAUUCACUGCUGGGUGUUAUGAUUAUAAUUGUAGGGUGACUGGCUUUUAAGCUGAGUGCUAACAAGUGCAGCGAACUUAAACCAGGCCAAAUAUUCUUCAUUUGGUCCUGAAAGCUAAACUGGGUUUUACUUCACAAGCUUUUUCAAACCAUAUUCGAACAUCGCAGAGGGAACAAAGACAGGCACAUGUGUAUAAAUGUAUAGAAUUUUAAUGAUACAGUACAUGCUUUCAGGGAGUGUUUAGAUAGUUUGUUGAAAGGACGUUAGCUCUUUUUUGGUUUUCAGGGGCCAAAAACGCACAAAAAAAAAAAAAAAGAUGGUGAUCACCAAAAUUGACUUAACUUCUCGUGCACCUCCUUUGAGUGCAUAAAUUAACCUGUGUGGUGACGCUGAGAUAACUCAAAAUCAAACGUUAGUUAUAAAAGACCCUUUAUUACAACAUGUACAAUAAUUCUGUCAAAAUAUGAUCGAAUGUGUGCCUGUGUGUGUGUGCAUGUGCGUGUGUAAGUAUGACAACCUACAAACUGAUCUGCUUUUGCAAUUUUCUGGCUCUUGUAUCAUAUCCCAUAUUUCAUGAUCAAACUGUUUCACAGUAAGAUUAAAACCUUUAAAUGUG